AUGGCCAAUGGGAGCUGCGGGGGAGGCGCCUGUGGACGGGGCAGGGCGCAGAGCCGCUUGGCCAUGCCUCCACUUAGGAGCCGGAGUGGGCCGUACCGCUGCUUCCGGGAGCUGCUUGAGAUCUCUCUGAUGGAGCCAGGGGAGGAGCCGGGCCCCUUGGAUGCAGAGGAAGGGGAGAUCAUGAGAGGCGCCUGCACAGAGGAUGGGAUGGUGAAGCUAAAGGAGGAGAAUUGUCUAGAGGAAGCAGAAUCACAUGGGAGUUUAUUGGGAAUGUUGGCAGGGAAAGUUUCCUCGAGUCCUGACCAGGUGACGGCAUGUGACUCUCAAUGCAUAUCAGACAGUCAGGAAAAAAUUCCUGGAGAGACAUCACAGAGUAAAGCCACUUCCACUGGCAGAGCUCUCAGGAAAACUAAAAAUAACAAAGUCCAUCAGAGAAUUAACACUGCAGAGAAACUCUAUAACUGCCCUGAGUGUGGCCAAAGCUUCAGUGUGAACUCAGACCUUGCUGUGCAUCAGACAGUCCACACUGAUGAGAGACCCUAUAAAUGCAUGGAGUGUGGGGAAAUCUUCAAUCAGAAAUCAAUCCUUGUUACUCACCAGAGAAUCCACACUGGAGAGAAGCCCUAUAAGUGCCCCGACUGCGGGAAAAUCUUCCGUCAGAACUCAACACUUAGGACACAUGAGAAAAUCCACAGGGCAGAGAAACCCUAUGAGUGCCUACAAUGUGGGAAAAGCUUCCGAGUGCGCUCCUACCUUCUUAUGCACGAGAGGACCCACACUGUAGAUAAACCCUUCAAGUGCUCCAACUGUCGGAAAAGCUUCUGUGCAAGCUCUGACCUUAUGAAACAUCAGAGAACCCACACAGGAGAGAGACCUUAUAAAUGCCCCGACUGUGGGAAAAGCUUCAGUGAUUGCUCAGCCUUUAUAAAACACAAGAAAAUCCACGUGGCAGAGAAGCCCUAUAACUGUACUGACUGUGGGAAAAGCUUCCGUGUGAUUUCAGCCCUUACUGUACAUCAGGCAAUCCACUCGGGAGAAAGACCCUACAAGUGCCCUGACUGUGGGAAAAGCUUCAUCCUGCGCUCAUGCCUUGUUCGACAUCAGAGAAUCCACACUGGUGCUAAACCUUAUAAAUGCCCCGACUGUGGGAAAAGCUUCCGUCUGAGCUCAACCCUUUGUACUCAUCGGAAAAUCCAUAUAGCAGAGAAACCCUAUGAGUGCCUCAAAUGUGGGAAAAGAUUCCGAGUGAGCUCCUACCUUCUUACACAUGAGAGGAUACACACUGUAGAUAAACCUUAUAAAUGCCCCGACUGUGGGAAGAGCUUCAAUGCGAGGUCCUACCUUAUCAAACAUCAAAGAAUCCACACGGGAGAGAGACCCUUUAAAUGCCUUGAGUGCGGGAAAAGCUUCAAUCGCAGAUCAACUCUUAUCACGCAUCAGAGAAUCCACACUGGAGAGAAGCCCUAUAAAUGUCCCGACUGUGGGAAAAGCUUCAGUGUGAACUCAGACCUCAUUGUACAUCAGAGACUCCACUCGGGAGAAAGACCCUAUAAAUGCCUUGACUGUGGGAAAACGUUCCGUCUGAGCUCACACCUUACUAGACAUCAGAGAAGCCACACUGGUGAGAGACCCUAUAAAUGCGUGGUCUGUGGGGAAAACUUCAGUGACUGCUCAGGACUUAUUAAACAUAAGAGAAACCACACAGGAGAAGAACCUUAUAAAUGCCCUGAGUGUGGGAAAACCUUUAGUGUGAAUUCAGCCCUUAUUGUACAUCAAAGAACCCACACAGGAGAGAGACCCUAUAAAUGCCUUGUCUGUGGGAAAAGUUUCAGUGACCACUCAGGCCUCAUUAAACACAGAAGAAUCCAUACAGAAGAGAAACCUUAUAAAUGCCCAGAAUGUGGGAAAAGCUUCAGUGACAGUUCAAGCCUUAUUAAACAUAAGAUAAUCCACACAGGAGAGAAAAUCUAUAAAUGCCCUGAAUGUGGGAAAAGCUUUAGUCACAGCUCAGCCCUUUUGAAACACCAAAGAAUCCAUACAGGAGAGAGACCCUUUAAAUGCCUUGAAUGUGAGAAAAGGUUCACUGACAGCUCAGCCCUUAGGAGACACCGGCGAAUCCACUCAGAAGACAGGCCCUAUAAAUGCCCCGACUGUGGGGAACGAUUCAGUGUGACCUCAGGCCUUGUUAGACACCAGAAAAUCCACAUUGAGGAGAGACCUUUUAAAUGUAGUGAGUGCGGGAAAAGCUUCCAGUCGAACUCACUUCUUAAAACACAUCAGAGGAUCCAUACGGGAGAAAAACCCUAUAAAUGCCCUGAGUGUGGGAAAAGCUUCCGUCAGAGCUCCCACCUUAUAAGGCAUCAGAAAAUACACAUGGAAUAG